CCACAGCCGUGGCCGUUCCACGCCAGCCAUUCUAUGCAGCCAAACGACCUGUUCUACCUCACCUGUACGACAAAAACCUGUUGGUUGUCUCAUCUAUCUACCAUGCAGCCCAACAUGGUGGCCACAACCACACCCCACACACCAUCACCACACAGCCAACCAGCCCGCUUAGAGUUUGUCUCGUCUCUCUCCGUCUAAGCGCAGCGCAGCACACCCGUGCAGUCAAUCUGAGCAUGGGUGUCACAAAUACGGCCGCAUCGCGUCCCUCUGCUGUCUGCCGCCGUGCCACUAACUAAUUAUGUGAUCCGUCCGACCUGACAGCACCCUCACGGACCUGACUAAACCCUCAUCUCGUCGACACGACUAGACAGAGUGCGAUAGACAGACAGACAGACAGACACACAGACCGAAAGGACCCUGGAGAACCUUCCUAAAUGCACUCGCACCCUCUGUCUCAUGUCACACAACAAAAUAAUGUGUGAAUAGAUACUUCGGCCGGUGCUGAGACCCGACAAAUCGAAUCAGCCCUCCGGCUGCGCGCGAAUGCUUUCAGCAGUGUCUGAAAGAAUGAAAGAAGGGAGAGGUGGGCACACAAGGGAAGGGAUACGUUGGUGACUGAAUGAAUGGCCUGCCUGCACCGUAGCGUGUGCACCUUUGUUCGCCUUGAGAGACGCCAAGGCAUAGUCAGUGGCCAUGUCGUUCAAGGCCGUCUCGUUGCGACCCAGCAGCUCGAACACAGUAGGAAUCAGAUACCGAUGACGAUCGACCUGCAGAUCAGAUGUAUGUAUACUCAGUGCUGAUCAGCGGCUGCCUGCCCCACGGUGGUUGUGUACCCAGUCUCUUCCGGCAGGGAUGUUGACACGAUCGGGGCUGACGCACAGAUACAUCAGGUCAUGCAGCACUUGCUGCAGUGCACACACACAACAACCAAAACAGGGAGGGGGACACACACACACACACACAGAGGCUCGUUCGGUGGGCGGAUCGGUGAAUGGUUGUUCUGGUCGGGCUCACAGACGUACAAAGAGGACAGGCUUGGGCAUCUCGUCGAUGUCCUCCUUCUUGAUGUUUUCCAUCCCAAAUGCCACCGACAGCACAUCCCAGUGCUUCCGCAGCACCCCCUCUCCAAACACCUCUCGAAGCCGCUGAACCUGCGGCAGCACCUUUCUCUCGGGUCCGUCAAGGGCCGCCGUCUCGGUGUAGCUCACAGAGGCCAGGCCGGCCUUCAUGAGGCCCUCUGAGAAACACAGCUCGGUCUCAUCCUUGGACCAAUCCUUCUCGAGACGAGGAAUAUCGACCUGCAUUGACAGGGAGGGGGUGUCUGUCUGUUGUCGUCUGUGGUCUGUCUUACGAUUGUGGUGAAUCCGUCCUUCUGGUUGUCGGCGUACACCUGGCCGAGCAUGAGCAGCUUCCAGACGAACACAGACAGACACGUCGGCAUCUUGGACGGUGAAAAAAGGGGGUUCUCAUCAUCAUCAUCGUCGUCUUCAUCUCCACCAACCAACCAAGAGAACGACCACACACCAUGCAUUCUCACAAAAGAGCGAACGGCUCGCGUCACGUGCAGUGCAUCAAUCAUACCUUGGCCAGCAACAGCGCUCAUGCCCAGCACCUUGCCCGUGUUGCGGUCGACGGUGGGGCCGCCAGACAUGCCGAAAGGGAUGUAGGCGUCGUGCGGCAGCAUCACGCCAUUCUCGAUGUGGCAAAGGGCACCUGAUACAUACACGUACGGGUGAGGGAAAUUAAGUGGCAUACCAUUCCUAGACUGCCCCUCACCCUUGAGUGUGCCGCGAAGGGUAGCCGGCCCGUCGUAAGGGCUGUACGAGAGGCUGUCCUCGUUAGCUGGCAGCAUGGAGCCUGUGUUGGCCAGGUAGCCCAUCGCCACGAUCUCGGUGCCCUCGAUGGCCUCGUGUGAGGCGUCCCCCGCGACAAACGGCUCGGGGACAACGCCACCCAGCUUCUCACUCACAUACUGCUUGUACGCCUGAAGUAAGAUGAUGGAAGGAGGAAAGAACUGCCUGCCUGCCUCAUGUGUGGAUCGUCGACUUACGUCGAGUGAGUAUGGCUCUUGGAGUUUGAUGAAGGCCACGUCCCACGUGGGGCACUUCAUGACCACACGGCCCAUUAGCUGCAGGGCACACACGCCCACCAAACCACAGCAAACCACAUCAAACCACAGCAUCAGUGGGGUGUGAGCGACGAGCUGUCAUCCCUCUGCCCGUCCACAUACUUACUGUGCUGUUGGUGACCGUCGACUGGAGUAUCACAUAAUCUGUCAUUCAUGCACACAGCGCAGCCACGUACCUCAUAGGUCUGAUCCGCCGUUCUUUCUCCUCUCCCCCGUCUACCCUCCUGGCUGACCUGACCUGUAUCAAUGACUUUGUCGCUUCGCGUGACGAACAGCGGCUCAUGAGGCCCGUCCAGCAAGAAGGUGGAGGCGAGAAGAUGGGCUGCACACACACAAAGAGGGACAAGUGAAAGGACGCCACGCCACCCAUCAUCACUCCCCACCCACCAGAUGUGUUCACUCACCUGCAGGGUCUCCGAGCAGCCCGGUCGGCGUCUCAUAUGGGUGUGCGGGAAUCAUCCGGAAGAUGGACGCCUGCAGGGGCAGCGGCACGUCGUCCAGCCCCCUCGCGUACUUGCCCGUCAGCUCAUCCACCAUCGGCCCCGACCAUUCCAUGAAUCUCAUUUCAUUCAAUGACGUCCACCCAGGGGCCGCACGCCGCCCCCCUGCCAGUGUGUGGUGUGUGGAAGCAGCAGGCUCCGCGACAGCAGGUGGGACGAAGGACAGCGUGCGUCGCAGGCGAUGAGUCGGGCGGUCGAUUCCCGCCAGAGGUGAAGCGAGAGGCAUCUUGAGGUGCCCAUAAGGCUGCCAGGCUGAGGUAGGACGGCACGAGAGGCUAGCGGUAGAUGCGAUGAGGAGAAAUCCGACGAAUGACGACAUAUUUGCGAACGAAACGGGGUAGAUCUGCUCCAGAUCUUCGGCAGAUGGACAGAUCAACGACAGAUCUUCCCUUCUUCGGGACAAGUCUGAGUGCGAGCUUGAAGCCAAU